UACUAGAAAACUUCCUCGAACCACGAUCACCGUUCGAUCUCCGCCACGUGUGCGUUCACGUCACCCAUUCCAGCCCCCCUCCCGUCAAUUUAUCCAGCCCGACGGAGAAGCGAUCGAUCCGGCUUGGCCAACCACGCCUUCUCUAACCGCCGUCGUCGGUUCGCCGACAAGGCCCUCCAAAAAGCGUUUAGGUUCGCAAAGUAAAGCCAGUGACAUAAGCUAACCCUAAGUUGAUUUAUUGCUUGGAGAAAAAUAGGAAGUGGACGAGGAAGCGGAGCCCUCCAUCCCCUUCAUUUCACUCACAAGGGUUUCAGCUUUCUUUGAUCUCUGUGACUCGGACUCUCCCUGUUUGGGGUAUUUAGAUCUGAAAAAGGUUUUUACCAAUUAAAGCCCCUUAGCCGGUUUUUGGGGGGGUUGAUUCGUUAGUCUACGCAAAAUGGGAGUUGCUGUCUCGUGACGAGCGGAGAGGCCUUUAGAGGGAGAGGACCCUUGGUUUCGUCGAGGGCUUUAGUUGCAAAUCAGUUUGCUUUCUGUUCUGAAAGGUGAGUUCGUUUUCGGGAAGCGGAAGAGAUGAAGAAGGAUAUGGUCGGAAGGGAAUUUUGGUCGGAAGACGAUCGCGCGAUGGCAAUCGCCGUUCUGGGCAUUCAAGCCUUCGAUUACCUCACCAAAAGCCACCUGUCUUCCGACGGCCUCAUCACUACGGUCGGCGGCGAAGCCAAUCUCCAAAACAAGCUCGUCGACCUCGUCGAGGGUCCCAGUGGCGCCGUUUGGUCCUUCGCCAUUUUCUGGCAGAUCUCGCGGUCAAAAUCUGGGGACGUCGUCCUCGGCUGGGGGGACGGGCAUCUCCGUGAGCCCCGCGAAGGCGAGGUGGCGCACGAAGCCUUGCCAGCCGCCGGCCAAGCGGCACACCAGAACAUGAUGAAGCGCGUGUUGCAGAAACUCCAUCUGGUUUACGGAGGCUCCGAUGAUGAGAAUUAUGCUCUUGGGCUUGACCGAGUUACCGAUGCUGAGAUGUUUUUUCUUGCUUCCAUGUACUUCGCGUUUCCCCGAGGAGAGGGUGCACCUGGCCGCGUGCUGCUUUCAGGCAACCACUUAUGGGCAUCGGCAAAUAAUUACUGCGUUAGGGCAUUUCUGGCGACGGCGGCUGGAUUCCAGACCAUCGUUCUUGUGCCGUUUGAUACUGGUGUUCUAGAAUUAGGUUCUGUGAAUGCUAUCAAGGAGAGCUUCGAAGGGUUGCAGAUGAUAAGAUCUUUGUUCUCCCAGGGAUCUACUUCUCAUGGAGGGGAGAAAAAGGUUGAAAAGGUCCAAAAUUCCCAUUUUGGAUUCUUGGGGAGAUCGGAACAGUCGCCCAUGAUAUUUGGGAAGGACUUGAAUAUUGGGCGACUGGAAUUUUCCACUGGAAAGAUUGAGGAUAGACAAUUGGAGAUUCAUCAGAGCAACAAUGGCCUUGCAACCUACAGAAAGUGUCUGAGUUGGACUCAAGGGCGAUGCUUUGGUUCACCUCAACACAAAUUAGGCAGCGGAGCUAUUAUCGUGGGAGGUUCAGAUCAGCACAACGGAACAAAAGAUGAACGCCGGCUACAAUUCCAGCCACAGAAACCGCCACCUCCACCCCCACCCACAAAGCAGAUUGAUUUCUCUGCUGUUGGUGGCUCUGUUGUUGCCCGGCUUGGUGUAUUGGAUGCAGAACUUUCUGAUGCAGAGGCUUCUUGUAAGGAAGAAAAGCCCUCUAUAAUUGAUGAACGGAGGCCAAGGAAGAGAGGCAGGAAGCCAGCAAAUGGAAGGGAGGAGCCUCUCAACCAUGUUGAGGCUGAGCGGCAGCGGAGGGAAAAGCUGAAUCAGAGGUUCUAUGCACUAAGGGCUGUAGUGCCAAACAUCUCCAAAAUGGAUAAAGCUUCAUUGCUAGGUGAUGCCAUUGCCUACAUCACAGAACUCCAGAAGAAGGUCAAGGAGAUUGAUUCUGAAAAGGAUCCAUGUUUGAUUGAUCGUAAGAACUGGACUCCUGAUGUUGAUGUGCAAACCUCACAUGAAGAGGUAAUUUUAAGUGUUAGUUGCCCAAUUGAAGCUCACCCUGUUUCCAGAAUCUUUCAAGCAUUGAAGGAGACUCGUGUUAGUGUCUUGGAGUCCAAGGUGUCUGCUGUGGAUGAUGACACAAUCUUGCACACAUUUGUUCUGAAAUCUCCAGCAGGUGCUGAGCAGAUGAUGAAGGAGGAGCUGAUGAGGGCUAUUUCUCAAGAAAUGAGCUUAUCUUGACUGUAUAAUUGAUCCUCUUUAUGGCCUAGUUACAACUAUAGAAUAGAAGGAGUUGAUAGUUCAUAUUGAUGUUCUGUGUCUAUAUUAUUUUAUUUAGAAUUCAUGGUGUGACCAUGGAUGGCAACACUAAUCCGUAAGAGUUUUAGAGUGUAAUUGUUUCAGUGAUAUAAACGUUUUGUCAUUUAGCUAAUUAUUUUUGAUCGAAUGCAGUAUAGAACUGCCAUAACUCAUCAAUUUCGAGCACAGAACGGGUUUUCGUGUGUAUUAGUUCUCAUUCCCAAUUUGUGGAAGCUAUGUACAAAUUUUAUCUUCGAUCUGGGCUGUCAUGGAGGAUUUUGAGGUAUCACGUAAAAUUUUAUCAAGCUGCAAUCAUUUCCAUCUUUGUAAAUUUCAAUUUCGUUGUCUUUUCCACUUUAGUAGUCACAUUGCUUUGUGUUGUUUAAAACUGUUUCCUCUCUUCAGUUGGAAAUACGAAGUACAGUGAUCAAUUUAAUCCUAUAACUAAGCAUUCCAUUAAAGUUUGAGGAUAGUACUUUGGUGGAGCCGUCAACAAGAUAAAGAAACUUUAUUUUCAUUAAUGGAAAUGAUUGCGACAGUCAAAUUGUAUACUGGAAAUUUUAUAGAACAGAGCAAUUUAACAAAUCUUCUGAUUGUAUAUCAUAAAUCUUCUUGUACUGUUUGCUGUGUCAAACCAUGCUAACCAGAAUAAAUGGGGCAUACUACAUGACA